CAUCUAACGAAAAACCUUGACUGUUAGAUCUCAAAUGUCAGAACCUCACCUUCAAAAACCCCCCAAUACAAAGAGAAAGCAGAUGAAAAAGGAGAAAAUGGAGAUAGGAACGUACAUACCUCUUACAGGCGAAGCAGAUGCAGUAAUAGAAGAAGAUCGCUUCAAUUUUGACAAUUCUCGGUUGAAACAGCUGGGAUACAAGCAAGAGCUCAGUCGCAGCCUCUCGGCAAUCUCGAACUUCGCUGUGACAUUCUCAAUUGUAUCCGUUAUCACUGGUCUCACUACUACUUUCAAUACUGGCCUUACAUUUGGUGGAUCGGUGACGAUGAUCUACGGAUGGCCCAUUGCCGGUAUCUUUACGCUGAUCGUUGGUGUAUCAAUGGCUGAGAUCUGCUCUUCUUAUCCAACUUCUGGGGGUCUUUAUUUCUGGAGUGCCAAGCUCUGUGGAAACGAGUGGGGCCCAUUUGCUUCUUGGAUGACUGGCUGGUUGCUAUCGAAUUUCGCCUUUUCCUUUUCGAUCAUAUCUGUUCUGACCGGGAUAACCACCCUUUACAACACUGGCCUGACGUUUGGUGGACCCGUCGCCACAACAUAUGGGUGGUUCAUCGCCGGAGCCUUUACCAUGAUCGUGGGGCUGUCAAUGGCUGAGAUUUGCUCUUCUUACCCCACAUCGGGCGGACUCUACUACUGGAGUGCCCGGCUCGCGGGGAAGGAUUGGGCCCCCUUUGCCUCAUGGUUGACAGGAUGGUUCAACAUUGUUGGACAGUGGGCCGUUACAACAAGUGUGGAUUUUUCACUUGCGCAAUUACUUCAAGUGAUAAUUCUGCUUAGCACAGGUGGCAACAAUGGAGGUGGAUAUCAGGCUUCUAAAUAUGUAGUCAUAUGCUUUCAUGGGGGAAUUCUGCUUCUACAUGCCCUUAUAAAUAGUCUUCCGAUUACAUGGUUGUCUUUUUUUGGACAGAUUGCUGCUACAUGGAAUGUUAUAGGCGUUUUUGUACUUAUGAUUGUCAUACCGACAGUUGCUACUGAAAAGGCUAGCGCCGAGUUCGUUUUUACUCACUUCAACACUGAUAAUGGUGAUGGGAUUCGCAGCAAACCAUAUAUCUUUUGCCUGGGGCUUCUAAUGAGCCAGUAUACACUUUCUGGAUAUGAUGCAUCUGCUCACAUGACGGAGGAAACCAAGAAUGCAGAUGUAAACGGACCAAGAGGAAUAAUAAGCGCAAUCGGAAUAUCUAUCAUCGUUGGGUGGGGAUACCUACUCGGUAUCACAUUUGCAGUAACCAACAUUCCGUAUCUUUUGAACAAGGGCAACGACGCUGGUGGUUAUGCAAUUGCUGAGGUGUUUUACCAAGCCUUCAAGAGUAGAUAUGGCAGUGGAGUUGGUGGAAUCGUUUGCUUGGGAGUGGUUGCCAUUGCCAUUUUCUUCUGUGGUAUGAGUUCAGUGACAAGCAACUCUAGGAUGGCAUAUGCAUUUUCAAGGGAUGGAGCGAUGCCAUUUUCAUGGUUGUGGCAUAAAGUGAACAAGCACGAGGUUCCCAUAUAUGCAGUUUGGCUUUCUGCUGUAGUAUCAUUCUGCAUGGCAUUAACGUCUCUCGGAAGCUUAGUGGCGUUCCAGGCAAUGGUUUCAAUUGCAACAAUCGGGCUCUACAUUGCAUAUGCGCUGCCCAUCUUCUUUAGGGUGACACUGGCCCGCAAGCAUUUCAUUCCAGGCCCAUUCAAUCUGGGCCGCUAUGGUGUCUUGGUCGGUUGGAUCGCAGUCCUAUGGGUGGUAACAAUCACAGUUCUAUUCUCUCUGCCCGUUGCAUACCCGAUCACUAAGGACACUCUCAACUACACUCCUGUCGCUGUCGGUGGCCUCCUCAUCCUCACCGUUUCAUCAUGGAUACUGAAUGCCCGACACUGGUUCAAGGGUCCAAUAACUAAUAUAGAUGACUGAUUG